AAUGUGCACGCGAGAUUUGGCGUUGUCAAGGUACACGAAAACCUAGAUUAGUACCACUGCUGUCAGACAAAUAGAUUUAUUUGAUAAGUUAAAGGCCUGAAUCAAGCAUGGCAUCAAACACUUUAUCUUCACGGAAUCCCUAUCCAUUUCCUAAAGUGCAAAAUGAUGCAGACUUUUACGGUCCAACAUUUACAGAGAAAGAACCAUACAAACAGGCAACCCAUCUAGCACAGAAUGAAGAUCCAUGGAAUAGAUUGAAUUCAAAAUGCACUCUUAGUUCAUCUAGAAGAGAAGUGUUUCAUUUUGACCCUCAAGCACCAAAAGACAGUUUAGAUUUUAUACUAAAAUCUGAAUACGACCAUCAUGAUGAAUUUCUGAGAGCCAAAAAUGAAACAUUGUAUCAACCUGAAAGUAAAGGUUCAGAGCAUGGGAGAGUGUUGAAAAACAGGGAAAAAGAAAUUGUUCCUGUCAAACCAUAUCUAUGCCACCCUCUACAUAUAACUGACCAGAAAAAGAAGGACAGCAUACAUACCAUUGAAAAUGCUAUAGACGGACACCACACACAGACAACAAACAAGGGGUAUUCUCGAAAACCGGAUGGUGGAUUUUUCACAACUUAGGAUUAUCUCCCUUUUAACAAAAAAUUUAUAAAUUACAUGUUACUAUUAACUAUCUUACAUUUCAAAGUGAAGAUGUUAUAGACCUAUCAAAUGGAGAAAUGUAUGAAAAUAAUUUUGAACUUUGAACUUGUUAAAUGUCACAUUACUUUUGGUAAAAUGUAUGAAAGCUGAUGUUGAUUGAUGUUAUAUAAUUUAUACCAGUUGUAAUUAUCUAUGAUAAUAGUACAGGCUAGGUUAGUUGCUAUUGAUCAGUUAAAUAUUUAUAUAAUACUCAUUCUUACUAUAAACCUUAAAUUUGCUAAUUUACUAAGGAACAUUGCAUGCUGAAUACUAAACAAUAUAUGCUUAAAGUGCCAACAGUAUGCUUUAUCUACACUUUCAUCUUGGUUCCACUAACACUAUAGUCUUCUACUAUAUUUUAACAUUUGCACUUUCCUUAUCUGCUCAUUCUGGUUUCACCUUAAUUUCUUUUGCUCUUGGUGAAAGUGUUUUUUUAUAGCCAUGUAAAUUAAUAUCAAUUGAAAUUUUUCAACAUUUGUCGUGUUUGAUUUUAACAGCGUAUUUAACAGUAUUGAUCACUUAGCUUUAAUGAUAUAAUCAGUAUUUAAAUAAUAUAAUCAUCAUUUGAUUAUGAUCAGAGAUAAACGUUGUAAAAGAACAGUUUAGAUAUUUCUAUUCAUUGUCUUCAAUCCAUACUGUGGUUGAGGUAUUUAGUUUUAGCUUUAUACAUAGUUUGCUGGAUUGUAGGACUGAUCUAUUUGAGCUCGAGCUCAUGAAUAAUCUAAGACUGUAAUUUCUAACAUUUAAGAAGUUUUCUAUAGUUUAGUUCCAAGAUAAUAUUUUUUUCUGUGUAAUGUCACAUUUUACACCCCAAAAAAACCCCAAGUCAAAUGAUUUUGGCAGAAAUCAAUGUAGAGUGGGAUCAACAAAACACUGUCUGCAUGAAAUUUCAACUUAUGGGUAACCUUAAUGUUAUCAUUGAUUUUCACCUCGGUGAUUGGGUUAAAAUAGAAAAGUCUUGUCUGAUAUUUUAAGUGAAAAUUUGUUACCAUUUCAUAAAUUUAUUUGCUUAUUUCACCUGUGUGAAAGACUAUAGGCAAGACAGAUCAAAAACUGUCAACGUUGAAAAAUAAAAUAAUCUCGGAACUCUCCCAUUUCUGCAUAUUUUUAUUGGCUGUAAAGACUAUGCAUAGAAUGAACUUUUUCAAAGCUUUGAUAGAUAAAAAAACAAUUUCUAUUUUAAAUCUUUGGUAGUAACUUAGAAAAAGAAUUAUGUUGAAAAAAAACAUCAACUGAAUAACAUAAAUUACUUUGAAAAAGUUGAUUUUUUGUCUUUAUUAAGUAGUAUAUGCUACUAACUUUUCAUUUUUUCAUCUUUUUCUCAUCUAAUUCGCAUCAUAUAGAAAGCUCUCACAGUGAUGGAACAAAUGGUGGAUAUUCAAGGAAACAUGAUGGAGGAUUUUACUGUACAUAACUAAUAACUGGGACGAGCAUAAAAGAGAUCAAAUAACUGUCGAUCUUGUUGUUUUAUAAUAUCUUUUACCUCUAUGUUUUUAUGAUGCAAUGCUUAUAUAAUAUUUUUAUGUAAUUAUGCAAAUUUACUGUAUAAAUGUGUGAUGUAGCUUACAGUAUUAAUUGAUCAGCAUUUAAAUUUUUAUUCCAGUUUUAUGAUAUCAAAAUACAAUUUUAGAUGUGACAUCGAUUUACAUGAAAUUUUUUUUUUUGAAGUUUAUUCAUGACAAAACGGUUUCAUUUUGAACAUUUCCUAUUCAAACAUUUUUUAUCUAUUUCCAAUUUUCUAGCUUAACUGAUAUAAAUAGCAAGUGAAGUAAGUUAUAGUUAUUUCAAACAUACAUACAUAAUAUUGAAUUUUUUUAUAGUUAAGGUUUUAGACCCAGCACAUUGGCUUUUUUUUAUUGAAGCUAAAAACCAGUGACAUUCUGUCAAAUACUGUGAUAUUUUUAGGGGUUGUUCAAAUAGAUUUUUGUUGUUUCUUUAUGUCAUUUCAAUCAAAAACAAAAAUCAUUUGAUACGACUUCAUACGCUUAAUAUAGAUAAUUUAGGAUGUAUGUAUCCUCUUAUUUUACUUUAUUUUGUAGACUUUAAAUGUAUACAAGAUGUUUGUGAUGAUAUGCAUUGAUUUGUGAUAUUUUAUAGUUAUUAUUAAAUUUACAAUUUAGUAAUUUGAAA